CCCGAGCACCAGUACAGUAGCUUCGCUUGCGAGAAUCCCGACUCGAGUCCACAAGUACGCGUACUCGUCUGACAAAGAUGCAGCAUGAUGGACAGAUUGAAAUUGGCGUGGAUGUAAAAUGGCAAGGAAAAAAGGCAAUUUACAAUUGAAUACUAUCAGCGAGAGUUGCUUCCUUUUCUAAAUUCUAAAAGAACGUCUGUACUCUAAUACAAUAAAAGGUGUAAGGAAACAUGACAGAUGUUAAACCGAUUGGAAUCACGACGUCGCAAGCACAACCGCAGCAGCCGCAGCAAGCGCAACCGCAACAAAUAAUGAUCGCGACUCAUGACCUGCAGCAGCAGCAGCAAAAUGUCCAGCAGGCGCAGCAACAGCAUGUACAGCAGCCGCAGCAGCCUCAACAGGUCCAACAACAAUCUCAAGUGCAGCAGCAGCAACAAGUUCAGCCACAGCAGCAGGUCCAGUCACAACAGCAGAUACAAGUGCAGCAACAACAGCAGCAGCAACAGUCACAACAGUCACAGCAACAGCAGCAAAAUAGUGUUGUUCCUGCUCAAGUGCAAGUACAGCCGCAGGUAGUUUCCAGUAUGCCACAACAAGGAGUUGCAGUGUCGAUGCAACAUCAACAACAACAGGGAGUAGGUGUGUCCAUGACGUUGUCUGGUCAACCAGGUGCAACCACCAUAACUACAAUGGCUGCACAUCCACAAGCGGUCCAAGUGAUUCAACAACCGAUUCAGAGUCAAGCUUAUCAUUUACAACAACUGUAUAAUACUCAAGGUGCACCUUUAUUGAUGCCAGGAAACUUGGCACUCCAUCCGGCGGGCAUAAAUCCCUCUUCUAUUCAGGUAAUAACAGCGGGAAAGCCAUUUCAAUCAGCAGCUCAACUGACUCCUCACAUGUUGGCUACGACGUCCACGCCUGGACAAGGAAGUAAUCAUCCAAGUGCUGGUGCCACCAAAGUCCCAGGAUUUCCGGCCGGCUAUUUACCAGUACCCACGUCCGCUCCUGGUGCCGGACAGACGCUGGUGUUCGGUCAACUCGGUGUACUAGGUUCUCCGCAACCACCACCCUCAAUACAGCAGCAGCAACAGCAGCAAUCCACGAAUAAGCAAGAACAAGUACAAAAGUAUACAGCAUGCACCACUGGAACACCUUCAGGUGGAAGAACGGGUGGUAUGCAGUUUGCACCCUGGCAAUUCGCACCUCAAGUGUGGGCCACUGGAUUGCAACAACCGACUUUGCUCACUGCCGCGCCUAAUCAAAUAUUCAUUCGCGGUCCCACACAAGCUGAUAUGUUUAUACAAAGUUCACAGCCGAUACAGGCGCACAAUGCUCUCGCGGCACAGCAACAGAUACAAAGUGUACAACAAAUAGCAGCUGGUGCAAAACCUAAAGUGGUGGAAAUUCAGCAACCAUCUCAACAGGGUAAACCGGCUACAACUAUACAACGACCGUUGAGUAUCUUGCCGUCGUCUUUAGCGAUGCAGGCUGCCAAUAUACGGGCCGCCAGUUCCGUCUCCACACAAACUGUUUAUGGCGUACAAACUACUACAGUACAAACACAGGGUAAAAAUACCACCACUGUCGGGAAAGGUCGUGGCAAGCCGGCACAAUCUUCACAAGCCCAACCAACAAUACAGCAACAGCCAGUCUACAUACAACAAAAGCAGCCUACGCCGCAGCAACAGCAGCAAUUACAACAACAGUAUCAACAAGUGCAGUCGUCUCAAAUACAAACUAAGCCUAUUAUGAGUACGAAUGCUUAUUCAACGAAUAUGACGUUGCAACCACCACCACCUGGCGUAGUACUAGGACCGGAUCGUUCAAUUAUGCCAGUAGUUUCGGUAGGUGGAGUUGGAGUUGGAAUCGCUGCUGCGUCACAGAUGAAUCCAAUGCCACAAACUGCAAUGUCGACUAUGCAACAACUUCCUUUACCGACUCUUAAUCCAACGAUUAUUGGCAAUCAAAUAAUACCUGCACCGCAGGUUCAGGCGAUGCCAAUCGUACAUGCAACGCAGGAACAAUCAACGCAUGACAACUCGACCAUAAUGAUCACGUCGCCAGACCGUAAUUCGCAGGCUGAGUGUUCUCUGAUAUUGCCAUCUACCACGAAUUCCUCCCCGUUAGUAACUGAUGAUAGCGUAAAGGUGAUUGCAAAGAAAGAAGACGUACCUGUCCCUACGGAAGAUGUCACAGUAGUUCAGUUAGAAAUAACGGAUGUGGAUCAAAGUAAAACGGUAGUAAAGGAAGAUGAAAUAAUUGCUCCAAAAAUUGAGGAGAAACCAUGCAAUAACCCAUUAGCAGGGCUUGCCAAUACAGUGAACGCUAUUACGAACGGUGUUGUGGUCGGCGAUGACACACAAUUUAUACCGAUUUCGUCAGUCAUAGUAAAUAAUAAUAAACAAGCGCCGCCUAAAGCCAUGGUGAAACCGCAGGUUCUUACACACGUGAUAGAAGGAUUUGUGAUACAAGAAGCAUCAGAACCAUUCGCGGUGAGUCAGGAAACUGCCAAUAUCCUUAAUCGAAGCAACACGAUCACAGAAAAAGAGAAAGAGACACAUGAAGAGCCUCCAAGAAAGAAACUUUGUUCUACUUAUUCGAUUGAAGAUGAUGGAACUAGUGAUCAAGACAGUAAAUGUGAAAACUGUGGUAAUACGCUCGACGAACAAAAUGUCAGGUUAAAGAAAGAAAAGCGAUUCUGUUCAUCGAUAUGUGCAAAGAGUAAAAAACGUGAAGCGCGAGAGCGCGAUACUGCGGAGAAACAAUGGAUUGAAAUAGAGACUGAAACUAAAACCAUCGAUAACGACGUGACAAAGAAAAACGGCGACGAGCGGUCUUUAUCUACGACUACUACAUCCUCUACUGAUGAAUCACUGCCGAAAGUGAAUCCGAUUAAAUGGACGGUGGGUGAGGUGUGCGAGUUUAUACGCGGUCUACCAGGCUGUGCUGAUUAUGCAGAGGACUUUGCUAUCCAAGAAAUUGAUGGCCAAGCCCUUAUGCUACUGAAAGAAGACCAUCUUAUGUCGGCGAUGAGUAUCAAAUUAGGUCCAGCAUUAAAAAUUGUUGCCAGAAUCGAUUCAAUGCGCAUAGAAUCGAACUUAAAUACUUCAUCGAAUAGUUCAUAACCAUUCUAUGUAUCAAUAGCAGAUUUCUUCAAAAUGUGUUUCCAGAACGUCUCUAGCCUAUGAACUACAGGACUUGUGCAAGUAUUCGAUUGAAUGUAAAUGCAUUGGAUUAAAUGUCUUAAUUG